AUGAUGGCGACUGCAGAGGUCAACGGCGUCGGGCUGGAGUUCCUUUCAGAUCCGGUGGACAGGUAUGCUUCCCACUCCUUAUUUUCCAAAGUUCGUAAUGAUACACGCGCUGCGAGGAAAGCUUACGGAUCCACGUUUUUGUUGCGCAAGUUCCCCCUGCCGGAUCUUGGAUCCGACCAUCUGAUCACGACCGGUGAGCCUACUUCUGCACAGACUGAGUCAACCACUGAAUCGAGCAUGGGGGAUGUUGGCGACCCAUCUAUCAUAAUGGAGUUGGCUUUGAAGCCCGCUGGAGAAGCACUGAGCUUGGCACCGGUCGAUCCGCAGCCAUCUACAGGAAAAGAAGGUGCUGAUGUCCCCGGAUGGACAAGAAGGGUCAGGAUUGGGCAAGCCCCCGAGCGUGUUCCUUGUGCUGGGAGGGUGUGUGCCCUCGAAAAAACACUAAGAGGAUAUGCAGAAAACAAAGGUGAUACAGUUGUGGUUCCAGUGGUUGGAUAUAAUUUCGAUUCGUUGGGAGAAGCAUACGACUUCUACAAUCUAUACUCUUGGGAAAUCGGUUUCGGUAUAAGAUACGGCAAAAGCCGUCUAAAUGUUGAGAGAACCAAGUGUAUGCAGGAAAUAGUUUGUGGAUGUUCAGGCAAACCAAAGAGAGGGAAUACACGGACCUGCCGCUGCGAGUGCCCUGCAAUGAUUCGUUUGCUUCGAUCCAAUGACAAUGGCUUGUAUAUAAGUGAGCACCGGCCAUCGCACAACCACGCUUUGACAGAUAAGUGUGGCGAAAAGGUAUACUGGCCUUCACAUAAGCAUAUUGAUCUAUAUACAAGAGACCUUGUGAAGCAGCUUAGAGAAAACAAUAUUAGCAUUGGGAAAGUUCAUAACAUACUUGGUAGUUUCUUUGGAUCAAUGAAUAAUCAGCCUUUCACAAAAAGGGCUUUGAGGGGACUCUGUGGUGAAAUCAGCCGAGACCAAGCAGACGAUGACGUCCGAAAAACUAUGGAUGUCUUUGCAGAAUUGGGUUCAAAAGAUGCUGGCUUGUAUUACAGAGUUCAACCUGACAGUGAUAGCCGGAUAAGGAAUUUACUUUGGUCAACAGGUGCAAGCAGGAUGCAGUACCACUAUUUUGGAGAUGCAAUAACAUUUGACACAACAUAUAGAACAAACCUAUAUGAUAUACCAUUCAGACUUUUUGUUGGAGUAAACAACCACUUCCAAAGCAUUAUCUUUGGUGGUGUUCUUGUCAGGGAUGAGACAUCAGAAACUUUCGAGUGGGUGUUCAAUGAAUUCAUCCGCAUGAUGGGUGGCAAGCAUCCCCAGACCAUACUUACAGAUCAAUGCUGGGCUAUGGAGCUGGCAAUAGAGAAAACAAUGCCCGAAACCACACACCGGUGGUGCAAGUGGCACAUACUUAAGAAGGCAAAAGAGAAACUUGGUACAUACUACACAAAGCGAAGCAACUUCAGAGCAGAAUUCCAUAAAAUUGUCAAUCACAUGUUGACAGAAGAUGAAUUUGAAAAUGCAUGGAGAGAGCUGCUUGAUAAAUACAGUUUACAAAAAACCCGUACAUGGCAAGCAUAUAUGAAGUACGUCAGAAGUGGGCAAAACCAUAAUUCUGGGGCAAAUUUUGUGCAAAGAUGACAAGCACACAGCGAAGUGAAAGCGCAAACCACAUGCUCAAGGGAUACGUGCCAGCAAGCUGCCCCAUGCACUUAUUCGUUCGGCAAUACAUGAGACUUCUUUUCAACCGAGAAGCAAAUGAAAAUUAUGAAGAAAGGCGAACAAAAAUAGUGAGUUACAGCAUGACCACCUUUAAUUUUCUUUUUUUGUGCCAACAUGAGAAAUUACGAUACAUAUAUAGUAACAACAAAAAUUUGUACGUACAGACAUCAACAACUAUGAAGGUCAACACGCCAUUGGAGUUCCAUGCUAGCAAAAUCUACACUCGAGCAAUGUUUGAGAAAUUUGGUGAAAUCUUGUAUGAAGCAGGGCAGUACUGGGUAGAAGAAGUCGAAAAAGGAU